AUGCACGUCCGACCUGCCCGUGCCUCAGAUCUGGCGGACCUGGCUACCAUCGCCAGAGACGCCAUGUUCGAUGAUGAGUUGACCGUGUUCCUAGCUCCUCAUCGUCAUGAACAUCCAGAAUGUCUCCGCCAGGGAUGUCUUAGACGUGUCAAAAAGCGCUUCUACGAUGGCCAUCUCGUCCUUGCUGCUGUGUCGGAUGAGAAUGACUCUUGGUGGGACGGCGAGGAGAAGGUGGUUGGCUACCUUUCUGCUACCUCUACUAAGCAACAAAAAGAUGAAGAGAUGGAGAAGAAAUCGUGGCUUUCUUUCUCUUGGAAUGGUAUAUUUAUGACUUCCUCCCGUCCGGAGUCCUCUUCGUUAAUCACCGGCACAGCAUUUGAGCUUCAACUCCUACGUCUCGAGGACCUGUUCGAAUGGUAUACUCACGCCGAUAGAUCCAUCUCCAGACAAGCCUGGCUACAGUUUCAAAAUAGUGUUCAUGACAGAGGACCCCUCUCGGACAUCAACGACUAUUGGGAGGUGGACCAUCUAUCCGUCAACCCAGCUUACCAUAGAAAAGGCAUCGGAUCUACCAUGGUCAAGUACAUGCAGACCGUCGCCUCGAAGGACAAUUUACCCAUCGUUCUAGUGGCAAGCAAGAAAGGUCGACCAAUGUAUAAAAAGUUAGGGUUCGUGGAUUAUGGUGCUUGUAAUAUGGGCGGCGGUCUGGUCGCCGAGGCAAUGGCAUGGUACCCCUCCACUCUGGCCAACUCGCAUUCGGCUGGCGAGACCGAGGACGUGCAUUCUUGA